AUGACAGCAAGGACUCCAGUGAACCUGAAGAGUCGUCAACACUGUGACUCUCAAAAUGUGCAUAUUGUAACUUCCCUCCUUCUUGGACUCUUGCUGACUCCAGCCCUUGCUACUUCUGUGAGCCAGCAAGCAAUCAUUGGUGGAGACUUCCAAAUUCUGACCAUCAAUAAGGAAUGGCACGUGGCAACUAUCGAGAAAAAGAGCACCCAUGGGUCAUGGAAAACCAUUUGGCACUAUGAUACAGGCUUUAUUGCAACCAGAGUGCUGCCAGAGAAAGUUUGCUUCGUUUCCAUAAUGAAGAUAAAGGAGAUGCCUAGCUUUGAUGCACUUCCUGCACUGGCUGAAGAGAGCAGGCAAAUGAAACGUCAGGGACGACCUGCAAAGGAGAUCACAUUCAUCAUCAGGACACCUGUCCGUGACCUCAUGUCUUAUGGACCAGACAUCUUUGCUAUGUGUAACGGACUCAAAACCUAUGUGGCUUAUGAAGUUCACGAACCCCAAGAUACAUACAGUCAAGGAUCAUGCAUUAGACUUGAUGUCCUGCAUCUUUUGGGCCUUAACUACUGUCGUGACAAUACCACAGCAUGAAAAUCUUAUCUUUCUUGAACCAAGUACAGAUGCUCGAUAGCUGCUGCACGAAGCAACCCCAAUGCUGUUCUUCCCUGGCAUCACCUCUUUCGAGAGU